AUGCACUUGGCCAAGUUCUUCUCUUACCGCAUGGAAUCCUACAAGGAGCUCACUUGGAGAGAAGAGAAGGUGACCUUUAGGCAGCUUGGAGAUCUUUUUGGGUUCAACUAUGGAGAGGGAACCAAGUGGAACUUCAAGGAGGAACUCCAAAGGGUUUGGGCUACAAUCGCUGAUGGAGUGUACUCUUCCUCAAGGUCCAAGGCAGCUCAGAUCAGGAGCCCAGUCUUGAGAUAUGUGCACAAGGCACUUGCCAACACCUUCUUUGCAAGGAAGGCGACCGGGACAAUCAACGAGGGGGAACUCAAGUUUCUUGACAUGGGAAUCAAGCCCAUCUCUCACGCACAAGCGAUGGCAAGAGGAUCAGAGGAGAUAGAUCCACAGGGAACUUGA